AUGGAUGACGUUUUAGAUGAAGUUGUCUCGUCGGAAGACUUACAGAAGUUCGAGAAAGUAUUCCAUGAGCAGCUACAUCAGGGUAAAGUGACUCAUAAGGCUCAAUUCGAAUAUGCAUGGUGCCUUGUUCGGAGUAAAUAUCCUACAGAUAUUAGGAAGGGCAUCCUUCUUCUCAAGGAACUAUUUAAUUCUCAUCCAGAAGGCAAAAGGGACUACUUGUUCUACCUUGCUAUAGGCAAUGCUAGGAUUAAGGAGUACAACAAGGCAUCUCACUAUGUCAAGUCAUUCCUUGAAAUUGAACCAGCUAAUCAACAAGUACUGGCAUUAGAGAGGCAAAUCAACAAACGUAUGGAGAAAGAAGGAUUGUUAGAAAUAGCAUUUUGCUCUUCUGAUGAAUGUCGCUGUAGGCGUUCAUCGCUUCUUUAA